UAUCAAAAAAAUAAACACGCGCCUACUUUUUGGUCUGGAUGAGCAAGGUGCUUUCAAGACCAGCGUUUAGUCAGAUCUGAGAUCUCAGAUUAUACGAACGUCUCUGUUUUCGAAAUGAGGCAAUUCUUCGUUAUUUUACUCCUCCUGGCAGUGGGUGGAGUGGCUCGGGCCGACAGUGAUAGCGACAGUGACAGCAGCAGCAGUGGCGAGCACAAGCACAAGGGCAAAGGACAUAAAUACAACAAUCCCGCCUACCCUGCUCCGUACAGCUAUGGGCCUUAUCCGUACCCCUAUCCGUAUAAUCCCUACGCCUACAAUCAGAUAAUGCCGCAGUACCCGCCGGCUGGAUAUAAUCCCUACCCUUAUCCCUACAUGCAGCCACCACCGAUGCCGGGCUAUCCACCCCAGCCUCCUCAAGGCUAUCCAGGUCAAGCAGGCGGUUAUCCCUCCCAGCCCGGAAACCCGAGCCCACCGAAUCCCAACCAGAACUGGAAUCCUAACGCGCCUUCCAAUCCCUCUCAGCCACAGCAGCCGGGCGGCGGAGCUGGACAACCUCCAGCAUAUCCUCCACCUGGAUCCAGUGUCAUCAAUCACUCCCUUAAAGUCAACAAGGAGUACAAUGAGGAUGGCCACCACUCAACAUAAACCACUUUAAGGUUCAAUGUGUAACUUGUAUCCGUUUUCUACAAUAUAUUACAAAUAAAAUAAAUACAAUUAUCUUUAUGGCUCAAAUAGAAGAAUAA